GAGGAGAAACAGUGCAGGUUGCGGUCAGUCGACCGUCAGCGGCCCGGAGCUCGCGUCCUGUCAGUGUUUUUUGAUCUUUGGUCGACGUUGUAGAGACAUGGCGGGUAUCUGCUCCCAACACGCUCGAGACGUUUUCUGACAGCGUCAAACGGCGACUCAUUCACCGCGGACACUUUGACUGCGGACCCAUAAAUGUCUUUAACAGAGAAAAGCCUUCGUUCAACGUCAACGUUCACGGUGAAUGUGUGCGAGCGAACAUUUACUCGAUUAAGAUGGGGAAUAAACAAACCAUUUUUACCGACGAACAGCUGGACGCCUACCAGGAUUGUACAUUUUUCACUCGCAAGGAAAUCCUUCGGUUGCACAGCAGAUACCAUGAAUUGGCUCCACAUCUUGUACCGAUGGACUACACCAACGAACCUGAUUGUAAAGUGCCUUUAGCCUUGAUAGUCAACAUGCCAGAAUUAAAGGAAAACCCGUUCCGCAGUAGGAUAGUAGAGUCUUUCUCAGAAGAUGGAAUGGGGAAUCUCAGCUUCAACGAAUUUGUAGACAUGUUCUCAGUCCUCAGUGAAAUGGCUCCUAGAGAAUUGAAGGCCAUAUAUGCCUUCAAAAUAUAUGAUUUCAAUGUGGAUAAUUUCCUGUGCAAAGAAGAUUUGGAGAAGACUCUAAAUAAGCUGACAAAGGAGGAACUGACAACUGAGGAGGUGCAACUAGUGUGUGAAAAGACAAUUGAAGAGGCAGAUUUGGACGGAGACAACAAACUCUCUUUUGCUGACUUUGAAAAUAUGAUAUCUAGGGCUCCUGACUUUUUAAGUACUUUCCACAUACGAAUCUAAGAGGGCUACAUGGAACUUUUCCAAAGUGGGUGGCGUGUUGAAGCUCAGGACCUGCACCCUGUCCUGACCACAGCGCGGUGCCUCUCUCCCACUGUUAAAGCAGCCAUCCAUGACUGUUCUGACCCUCUUGCCCAGCUGUCCUCACAUCUGUUAGUAAGGAUAAUGCUGCAUAAAACUUGGAUUCCUUACUGUCAAUGCCAAUUUCCAUGUUGUGAAAGACAGUGCUUGAGAACCCAAUCACAUUUAUCGUAUGGUUUGCCUUUGCAUUUUUUAAGGACUAAAAUGGCAUCAGUUUGACGUAAUACUUGUAUUUGAUUGUUCCUCACUCUGGAUUGCUGCAUUUUGAGCACAUCCAGAAAGGCAUAAAAUUGUGUACUUUAAAUACAGUCAUUGAAGUUUUUGCUCCAACGACACACUGGAUAUUUAGUAUUUGCGAGGCAAAAGCUAAAGCUUGGAGAGAGCGAAAGCACAGCAUUGAUAUUAAGGGCAUGCAGAACCGAUCUUCUAUAUGAGCUAUGCAAUAUAUUACAUGCAUGGAACGAUGUUGUUCUUUUGCAGUAUAGUGCUUUAGUGGUUUUAGGUUGUACGUUCGCUUUUAUCACUGGAAUAUGUUGACAAUCAUAUCUUACUGUUCUCCAGUUACAUGAAGGGCUGUAUCCUCUGUGCUACAUUUUAAGAAGCUCUCACUUUCUGUCUCAGCCAUUACCGUGAGGUGUUAGUCACAGCCACAGUUUUGAAUUUUCAGUAUUUCAUGUGACUUCAGGUAUUGGGCUGUUUUUAAAUAAAUGUUUUUUCCCCCA